AUGACGGCCGACUCCCUCCACCACUCGCCCAGCCAGGGGGCCAGCCCCGCCUCGCCCCCCAAAGCCGAGCCGCUGCCCAUCAAAGCCGAGCCCCGGGGCAGCCCCGCGGAGAGGCCCGCCGAAGAGGAGCCCCCUCCUCCGCCUCCGCCCUCUCCCCCCCCUCCGCCUGCUUGCCCCGUCGGGGGCGCCUCGGGAGGGCGGCGGAGGAAGCGCCCGGUGCAGCGGGGCAAGCCGCCCUACUCCUACAUCGCCCUGAUCGCCAUGGCCAUCGCCAACGCCCCUGAGCGGCGCCUGACGCUGGGCGGCAUCUACAAGUUCAUCACGGAGCGCUUCCCCUUCUACCGGGAGAACCCCAAGAAGUGGCAGAACUCCAUCCGGCACAACCUGACGCUCAACGACUGCUUCGUCAAGAUCCCCCGCGAGCCGGGACACCCGGGCAAGGGCAACUACUGGACCCUAGACCCGGCGGCCGAGGACAUGUUCGACAACGGCUCCUUCCUCCGACGGCGGAAGCGCUUCAAGCGCACCGACCUCACCACUUACCCGGGGUAUGUCCACAGCGCCAGCGCCUUCACCCCCAACCCGGGGGGCCGGCCUGGGCCUUGCAAUGGGGGCGGAGGGGGAGGGGGAGGAGGGGGAUACCCAGGACCCCUCUAUUCCCCCGGAGCAGGGGGAGGGGGAGGAGGGGGCGCCACUUACAACACCCCUUUGCCUUCCUUGCCCCACUACCCGGGCGCCCCGCCUGCCAUGCCGCCCCGCAUGUUCAGCAUCGACAGCCUCAUCAGCUCCCAGCAACAGAUAGCAAGCGGCCUCCAAGCUUCCCCGACGGGAGGAAUCGCCGAGGCUCUUGGGCACCCCUUAAACGGAGAGCUGGGCAUGAUGGGCAACGCUGAGGUCUGCUUCCAAGCGCAGCAAGUCAGCCCCGGCUUGUUGAGCAGGCAACCCCCGGGUAUGAGCUACCCCUACUCGGCUUCCCCGACGGGGCACCUCCAAGGCGCCUACUCGCCCCCUGGAGCCCAGAUGUACGGAGCCCCCAACCGGUUGGCGCUGCCCCAAAGCCGGGCGCCCGGUCCGGCCUCCGUCGAGCACGCCGAGCAACUGCUGGGCCUCGCCGCCUCCCAGCUCAACGGACUGGGCCAGUUCGGGGCUCCCAACAACUCCUACAUGAGGCAGCCCAGCUUCCCCUCCGGCUUGGAAAGGUACUUGUGA